AUGCAGCACUACUACAGUAGGAAACCCGCCGCAAUGUCGCUGGAAACUGCUCUGGAAGAAGAGCGCCGUGAGCUGGUUCAUGAAUAUGAAGGUCGCAACGGUGCCCGCUCGCGACGGAACCACAGAACAACCCCGACUACCCCAGCGCGGAGCCUGCUAGAUAUUGCUCCAUCGCCUGGGGCCCUGCCUCCACGGCAUGGGUCCAUCGCCGGCAUUGGCGUCGGCGUGACUCCCCCUUCCGCUCAACGCAGCGGGCAUGAACCUCUCGUUACCACUACGUCUAGCACUGCACCUCCUCCUGUCAAAAAAACUUCCACCCCACGACGCACGACAUCGGCUGUGGCUCCGCCGCCAAUCCCGCAGAAGAAAUCUUCCGCUGAUUCCGAGGACGCUCCCCGCAGAUCCAGCGACCCGCUUUCGGUCACCAAGGAUAGCAAACUCGAUAAUACCAAACCCCGGCAGAGUAUCCGUUGGGACGAUUCGGUCACAAUGCCGCCUAGCGUCCUCUCUCAACGGCGUGCGAGCCAGGCACAGGAAAAACCGCCGACCAAGGCCCUGCAGGGCAGGAACGCUAUGGCAGCGGUGAUGUCCGGCCUGGAUAUACGGGUCGGGCUGCCAAGUUUUACCAGAGGCAGAAGCUCAUCACGGAACAACUCAGCGCGCGGGACCUCGUUGGACUCGCGCUUGUCCCCAAAGAAUCGCUGGCUCAGCCCGAGCUCCCGGAGCCCGGCAUCCCAGUCGACCAAGCCGGCAGCAGAAAAGCCGAAGCCGACAGAGACAGAGAGUACUAGUAAACAGCAACCGGAUAGACCGGCAGCUCGCCGCCAAUUGUCCGACGACGAUGUCCGUUCGCCGCCACCUGGAGAUGAACGUUUGGAGAAAGACAUGUACGACAGCGAAAACAACUUGAUCGAAACCAGUGAAGAGGAAGUCGAUGAUUCAACCUCGAGUGAUGAUGAGGCUAGUUCCGAGCGUGGGCGAAAGAAAACACCAGACCGUGCCACUCUUAUCGGGGACAAUGAAACGAGCCCCUCAACGACGGAUUCGAAGGAGCAGGAUAGCCCCGACGACAAAUCUGAGAAAUCAGAGUAUACUCAUUCGGCGAAACAGGGCCCAAUUCCCAAGAAGCCUGAGGUUCAUCCUCGGACAAGCUUCGACACAGCUUCGGCGGUAAAUACUCCCUUUGGAUCGGAAGACGAGGCGGAGUUGUCCGACAUCAAACGGGCGCAGAAGCUCGGAAUCCAAAUGUCCGCCAUUGACAGUUCCGUGCACAACAGGUCUAUCCGGACUAUCAUCCGCGGUGACUAUACCGGCCUAUCAGAACAAACAGAAAAUGGUCGUCGCCGACAACGCAAGUAUCUGGUAACUACAGACCUCAGUGAAGAAUCUGUUUACGCUUUGGAAUGGACGAUCGGCACGAUUCUUCGAGAUGGUGACACAAUGUUUGCCGUCUGUGCUUUUCAUGAGGAGACUGGUGCGCCAACCUCCGUUCAGAUUGGUGAGGGCGCCAAAGCCAUGCAAGAUGCUGCGGCCGUCGUGGGGUCGCAGACUGAAGAGACGGCGCAGCAAUCGCAGAACGAUUCGUCCACCAAUUUGUCUCGCGCGCUCUUGAGCCGACUUGGCUCGGGAACGGACAGCAAGCCCGGCUCUGUCGAUUCUCGGGGGAUGUCCAAAGCGGAGUCCGAACGCGUUCAUGCGGUUGAAGUUAUCUCACAAACGUGUGUCCGACUCCUCAGAAAGACGCUGUUACAGGUACGGGUUGCCGUUGAGGUGAUUCAUUGCAAGAGCCCUAAACAUAUGAUUACCGAAGCUAUCGACGGGCUUGAGCCAACCCUUGUCAUUGUCGGUGCCCGGGGCCGGAGCGCUCUGAAAGGUGUACUUCUCGGGUCAUUUUCCAAUUAUCUGGUCAUGCACUCCUCGGUUCCGGUUAUGGUCGCCCGGAAGAAGCUAAAGAAGCAAUCCAAGACGAAGAAGACAAACAUUCGUCUGUCGAAUAAUCUAUCAACACCCAAAAAGCUUGCAAUGGCAAAGGUGGAUUAG